AUGAGUACUGCCAACGGCACACGGCGUGCCUCCAGAAGGCAAUCACAAGAUGCUGAUAAGGUCGUCGUGAACUUGGUCUCAACCCCCCCAGCGGCGGGCAGCCGACGUGGAGUAUCGACCUCUAACGCUGGCGCGCGCACCUCACCCAUUGAUGUGGAAGCCCUCGAGGAUGAAGUGCAGGUCGUAUCAGCUUCACAAGUGCCUCCUCAGAGGAGGAACCGGAGACCCAGGAGGCAGCCUGUGACAGUAGUUGAUCUCGAUGUACAUGCUAUCCGGCAAGGAGUGUCUCAUGAUGAUAAUGCAACAGUGCUUUCUCAUAACACAAGGAACAAACGCCCAAGAGUUUCCCCUGUAAUAAACAUCUCUCCAGAAACAGGAGAAGGGUCCAGCUUACAGUCAAAAAAUGCGGGGAAAACUAGCAAAGAGCCUGUGAAGGUGGCUCCAAAGGAACCCAUCUUCACCUGCCCGGUGUGUUGGAACAAGUUGGACGAGCCCGCCACAACAAUGUGCGGCCACAUCUUCUGUACAAACUGCAUCAAGCAAGCCAUCCAGUACCAGAAGAAAUGUCCUACCUGCCGGAAGCACCUGAAGAUGAACAAUUUCCAUCGCAUUUACCUUCCUAACACCUCCCGUUAA